AUGAUAAGGCAAGUUCUCCUGGUUUGCCUGGUCAUCAUGCUUGUGAGUGGCGAAAAGGAUUACACCGACUUGGUCAAGUCCCUCAAGGCCAACAUUGAGGACAAGAACGGAAUUUUCUACCAUAGCGCCUUCAACAGGCUCGCCUACAUCUCAGACACCUAUGGACCAAGAAUGUGGGGGUCCAAUGCACUUGAAAGCGUUAUUUCCGAAAUGGCAGCAAUGGCUCAGAAGGAAGGUUUCGAUAAUAUCCGUCUGGAACCAGUCAGCAACUUUACCAAGUGGGUCAGGGGAAGAGAAAGCCUCACUCUAUACUCACCAAGGCCUACUCCUCAAAAGCUAAACGUCAUUGGUUUGGGCAAGACCAUCAGUGGCAACGUCAAAGCUGACGCUAUCGUUUUCACCAGUUAUGAUGAGUUGGAGGCCAACAAAGACAAGAUAAAAGGAAAGAUCGUGGAUGCUGAAAUGUUCCAGCGCAUGCAAGCCAGAGGGCAAAAGAUCACACUCGAGCUCAUACUUGAGAACGAGCUUGUGCCCAACACAUAUUCAAGCAAUCUUGUUUUCGAAAUAAAGGGUGGAGAAAAACCUGAUGAGAUUUUGCUUAUGGGUGGACACAUUGAUUCAUGGGACACUGGAUCUCAAACUGGAGCUAACGAUGAUGGAGGAGGUUUCAUUACCUGCUUCGAAGCAAUGCGUCUUCUUUUGAGAAAUGGCUAUAGGCCUAAAAGAACAAUUCGUUUCAUCGCAUGGAGCGAUGACCUUGGCAGCACCAAGCUUCUCGGCUUUGGCUAUCAAGGCGAUCCAAGAGGAAAGGAAGUGGUGAAAUCUAUUGCCAACAAGUAUUUAGGUAUCAUCAAUGCCACUCUCGUCAACGAUGAUGGCGGUGCUGUUGACACUGGACCUCUCUUCGAAAAGGGUGUUCCAACCAUGACCAACCAAAUCGUCGAUAACCCAAGUCAUGACUUUUAUUUCACCUACCAUCAUUCCGCUGGUGACUCCAUGACCAUGAUGAACGCUGACGAUCUCGACUCCAACGUUGUGGGAGUGGCUGCCAUGUUCUUCAUCUUGGCAGACCUUGAUGAUACCAUUCCAAGGACCCCAGCUUCUCACCUCAAAACUGAAUGA